AAUCUCCACCGUCAGACUCGGUUAGAGAUCAUUAACAUUCAAGAUUCGUCUGUGAAGGUGAGCAAAAACAUGAAGAAGAUAGUAGUAACAAUACUGGUGAUGCCGAAUUCCGCUGAGAUUAGUCUUUCUUGAAGCUUUUAUUAGUCUUUUCUUAUAGCUUUUUGUUUUUCUUGAAGUUUCUUGCUUUGUUCCAAAUUUUCUUUAGGUUUCUGUAUAUAUUCUAUGACAUGUAAUUACCAAUAAAGAUUUGUUAGCUGGAACUUGUUGUUAUUGAAUAGUUUUAAGUUCUCUGCAUUCUCCAAAAAACAUUUCCGAUCGGAUGGUCUAUAUCAUAUUCUUCACAGAAGGAAAAUAGCACAUCGCCACAUCAAUGACAUCAUAUCAAACAACACAACCAAUAUGACUUAAAAGGUUAUUAGAAAUCUAGUAAAGAUCGAAAGGAGUUUCGUUGAAUGAAUCUCCCAAUUUCGGAUUGAACGAGAAAUUCUUUCUGAUCUAAUUAAUCACCAGUAGAUAAUUUUUAUCUAUCUAACGAGGCAGAACAACCAUAAAAAUAGGAAAGCUAAAAAAACCCUAAUAGAAAGCUUCAAUAACAAGUUACAGUUAUUUUAAAUCAAGAGGAAAAAAACUAAUCGAAGGGGUACGACUAAAGAACAAAGGAGAUGGAUUAAGCUAAAGUUUGUAGAAUUGAUAUGCGAAUUAGAAUUGGGACGAGAACAGAGACAGUCAUUGUAAAAAAAAAAUUACCAAUGGAUUUGUAUAGUAAGAAGAAUAUGUAGUUAUUGAGUAUUGGCGAUUUAGGUUCUUGACGAGGCUUCCAUUGACUUAAGAAACACGUAACCGAGAAAGUUAAUAUGGGCCAAGCCCAAAUCUGGUCCAAUUGAUACGUUAUAAAAACAAAAUUCUACGUAAAUUUGCUCUACAAAACUUUAUCUCGCUCUUUCUUCAGUGUCUUCUUCAUCCGUCUCUCUCUAUUGAUAAAGUUAUGAAGUUUCUCGUCGAGAUUCUGAAUGGAUCAUCGUUUGAGAUUGAAGUGGAUUACAGAGAUACACUGUUAGAGGUCAAACAAAAGAUCGAGAGGUCUCAACGUAUUCCUGUUUCCAAACAAACCCUUAUCGUCGACGACAUUGUUAUUCUUCGAGAAGAUCUUAACGUCAAACAAUGCCAGAUUGUCCACAAUUCUCAUAUCCAACUCGACGUCUCUGCUGAUGAUGAUAACCCUAAUCGCAACGAUGACGAUCAAAUGCCGCAAACCGAGCAAUCUCAAGCACCAUUGGUUUCAGCGGAAGAGUACUUUGAGGGACAAGAGUGGCCUUUGACAGAGGAAGAGAUCAGAAAGAUUUAUAGUUAUCAGCCUGAGACAACACAAGGGAUCAGUAAGGUUCAAGAUUCGCAGGCGAUUGUAAGAAGCGACAAGAACGUCUCGACGAGCAUGAAGGUUGAGAGCAACAACAACAAUGAUCAAGUGCAAUAUCCACCGUCGUUGCUCAAUAUUCGCUUUGGAAACCUGCGAAGAUGAGGGAGUGACGAGAUCUUUGGAAAUCUUUCAUUAUUAUCUUCAAUGUGUGAAAUUUUUAUUUUUUUCUUUAUCCUCAGUGUGUUUAGUAUCCUUUUUUUUUUAAGUUAGUUUAGAUAAUUAUAGAUUCUUCAGAUUUUAUCAAAGGUUUUGGUUUUAUUUUUUUAAUAAAUAGCUCAUUAUUUCUCGUUA